AGUACUUAAGCGGCACAAAAUCAGACCGUACCACACAUGCGGUAAGGCUGAGAUCCCAAAUCGUCUCUUUGCCGCGGACCUGCGCCGCAAAUUUAAUCUCAAGUAGGCCACCGCCGGGUAAAAAAUGUAGGGAAAUGAAACGUUCAAAUAAGGGACUUUUUCCUUUGUCCAGUUCCUUCUUUUCUCUCUAUCCUAUCUUACCACUCUCGUUUUUGGUCCAGUCUAUACUUUGCGCCUUAUAUCCCUUUCAUUCGCUAUAAUUCAAGACCCUUCUUCAACAUGUAUCUUUCAACAAUCGCUCUUUUCGUUCUUUCGCAUAUUGCAUCCGUUCGCGCGCAAGUUCCUACCGAAGGUUUCGAUGUCCUUACCAGUCCUCCAAAAGACUCGAAUUUCGUUGCUGGGGGCAUUCUCCCCAUUGUUUGGACAGCAGGGACCUCUAGUGGAACCGUGUCUAUUGUUAUGAACGGCGGAGCUUCCCCAUCCACCCUCCAACAUCUGA